AUGACAGGCUGGCGUCCGCCUCAACUUGAGCUCACGGGAGAGUCUUACGAGAUUGGCCUGAGCCACGGUCGUAGUCUGCGCCCGCAGAUCCUAAACCAGAUCGAUCUCUAUAGAGACCUCUUCCAACGGAACUGCAAAUUUUCGUGGCAGCACGUUCUAGAGAUAGCGAAGGAGUUCGAGGUUACGAUUGGCGGACUGGCACCUCACUUGUUGGAAGAGAUGCGAGGUAUUGCCGAUGGCGUGGGCGACAUUGGUCUUCUCGACAUCGUCGCGCUCAACUCCCGUAGCGAAAUCGCCUUGGGGCUGUGGAAUGACGGAUGUACCGCGUUGGCUUGGAACUUACCCAGCAAGCAAAUCCUGGCCCAAAAUUGGGAUUGGAUGACGGCUUGUGGUCAAAAUCUUGCUAUGGUUCAUAUUCAGCAGGCACAGAAGCCGGACAUCUGGAUGGUCACCGAGCCAGGUAUCGUCGGCAAGAUUGGAUUCAAUUCAUCGUCCGUCGGUGUUUGCUUGAACGCCAUCCGGGCUCGACCCACCUCCACAACAUUACUUCCUAUCCACGUCCACUUGCGGCUUGCCCUCGAGAGCAGUUCUGUCGAUGCUGCGAUUGCAGGUAUCGAGAAGCUCGGCGGCUCGGCCUCCAGCCAACACAUCCUCAUUGCAGAUGCACGUGGUGGGAGAGGGCUUGAAUUAUCCCCUCUCGGAAGUGUGUAUCUCGAGGAGAACCACGAUGGCAUCCUCGUGCACACCAAUCACUUCCUGCUGAACAAGCUGGUUGAUGAGCCUUCCUGGCUGUCGGGCUCGCCUAUCAGGCUGGAGCGGAUCAGCGUACUCUGCAAUGAGCUCAAAGCCGAACUUAGCAAUGAAAAACUCACAGAAGCAAUACAACCCGACGUACUACGCCAGAGAGUCUUCUCUGAUUCAAUCAAUUCACCGCAGGCAAUUUGCUGCUCUCCGGAUCCUGCCAGGGGCCCGCUUGCAAGGAUCGAGACCCUCUUUAAUAUCGUGAUGGUCCUUCAUGCGGAUGAGGCCCCCCAGGCUGAGGUUGUCUUCGGUCGACCCGACUCUCCUUCAGAGACAUAUCUAAUGCCAUGGUAGUACUCCGGUGGCCCUCGUUUUGCACACAUAUUGAUGCUGACGAUGUUACGAAUAAUCUACAACAAUGAUAUCAAUAGCAAAGCGGGAUCAGACUCU